AUGGUUCCUAACCACGCUUUCUAUGCAAAACAAAUUUCCUUAAACGCAUGCCCCGACAAUUGGAGCGUUAGUGUUGGGAUUGUGAAGGUUAAGUGCUUGCAGAUGAUUGGGCUUCAUUUAUGGUGCCAACCUAGUUGGGAUUGUGAAGUUGGACGAUCCUCACAUCUGUUGUCAAAGGUUAUGGAAGAUAUUGAAAGACGAAAUAAAAAUGCCCAUCUCAAAUGCUUUCAGGUUGAUUUAUCAUCCUUUCAGUCAAUAUUGAAGUUCAAAGGCUCCUUUCAGCAGUGGCUUAUGGAUUCAGAUCUGCAUUCUUCAGUCCAACUCCUAAUAAACAACGCUGGGAUACUGGCAACAACAUUUAGACUCACUGCUGAAGGCUAUGAUCAGAUGAUGGGUACCAAUUACAUUGGUGCAUUUUCUCUUACCAAAGUUUUAUUACCACUUUUGGAAAACAGCCCUGUUCCUGCUCGGAUUGUUAAUGUCACAUCCUUUACACAUCGGAGUGGUAGACAAGGAAACUGUUUCUGGAAAGUCUUUUUUGCUCAUAUCUAUGAGUAUUCUAAAUUGUGCCUACUACUAUUCUCGUAUGAGCUUCAUAGACAUUUUGGUGUGAUCGGAAAAUCUCAUCAGGUUUCUGUCAUGAAGAUGAAAAUAGGGAAAAACAAUGCUUCCCAACAGGAGAAAAACCGAGAAAGGAUUGUGGCUGAGUCUCAUCUCAUUUUGGAAUCAGAGUUUUGUUAA